AAUAAACUCAGCAGUUGCAGCUAAAAGUAUGUCCACCGUUAUUUUGUGAAUUAUUUUCCUCAACCUUGUAAGUUAAUUUGGAGAGCGAAAUGUCUCUCAAAGAUUCUUCCGCGGGUAUCGUUGAUGACACAAGGAGUUUGUCGAAACGAAUGCGUGCCGCUUACUCUGUAACUGAGCCAGCGGUCGAAACUGCUUCCCAGUCGCUUGAAACGCUUCGGAUGAAUAUAUUCUCACUCAUCGAGCAGGCAAAAAUCCGGAUCCAUAAGGCCAGUUGCAACCAAACUGCGGCACUCACCGAAAAGCAAACCAAGUUGCUUAAUGAUGCUAUCUACUCGAUAAAUUCUAUCCUUCGGAAGCAAGAACAGGUAGCGACGAUGCAGAACAAUAAGCGUGAACUCGUUGGUUUAUCUGGGGAAGAUUUCCAGAAACAGAUUGGUAACAUGUCGAAAAUGUUGAAUGCUGUAACAAUUGAAAUGGCGAAACUGAAACAGUCAACUGAUACGCUGGUGAACAUUUACUCAAAUUAUCAGCUCGAAAACGAAGAAGAAUGUGAUUCCGGUCAGAAUACGGACAGCAGCGAAGGGAAUAAUACAAUUUUUGAACAGCAGUGAAAUUGCUUGUUAUAUAGUCGUUAUGCAACAUUUGUAUUUUUCAAAACAUUAAAAUAAAAUUGUUUUUGUUAUUUUCAA